CUUCCGGAUGGUCGUCGAUCUGAACCCUCGCGUCUCUGUCGGCGCCGGCCCGUGGGGCCAGCGGAACUGGAUCUCGUUCACUGGCGGGCGGUGGGCGGCGAGCUGGGGGAGUGGGGUUGUUGUUGAGGGCGGCCAAGACUCGCAGCUCGUAAUUGGCGACCUGUCCGCGCGCCUCGACACAUCGUACCUUCUCGCGACGAACGACGUUCCGCCAGCGUACAUAGCGAUACGCACGCAGGGGUGGCGGACCGGGCCGCGCGAGGUGCUGGAGCGCCUGGGGAACCCGGCUACGGCGGAUGCGGUCGCCCCCGCGGAGUAUAGCUUCCGCCUUUACAUCUCGAUGGAAACGGGCGAUGGCAGGUAUAAUCAUACCAAUACUAAGAUGUGGAUUGCCUCCGGCGCCAGGCUCGGGUCGAAGGUGGUUUAUGAUGCGUAUUUGGUGUAGUGCUGGGGGAGAGAGG